UCCCCUGCCGCCGGCUAGGCUAACGCUACGCCCGGGUACCUACCUAGUGUGCGCCCUGCUCUUAGAAUGGAAACUCCACCCGCAGACAUUUCUGGCGGCGGUGUCCCUCCUCUUCCCCCCCAGCGGCGGCAGGUCAUUGUUGUGUGGGAGGAGGGCAGCAGGGAUGGACUUGAUCUUUCGGGUGUCUUGCUAAGACAGCAGCACAGCGUGCAGAGCGGAGGAGGAGGGAAGAGACAGCUUCGCUGCUGCGGCUGCUGCUAGCUACAGAGCCUCUCCCGGCAAAGCCAGAAGCUUGAUUUUUAGGGGGGGUUUCUUUUCUCUCUUUUCCCCAUUCCUUCCCCCUUGCAGUUUCCCUGCUACGGCAGAUGUGUUUGGGGUCCUCGCACAGCUGGGACUAUGGUGAAAUUUCCAGCGCUCACUAACUACUGGCCUUUGAUCCGAUUCUUGGUACCUUUGGGCAUCACCAAUAUAGCCAUCGAUUUCGGGGAGCAGGCCUUGAACAGGGGUAUCGCAGCUGUUAAGGAAGAUGCUGUGGAAAUGCUGGCCAGCUACGGGCUGGCCUAUUCCCUCAUGAAAUUCUUCACGGGUCCAAUGAGUGACUUCAAGAAUGUGGGUUUAGUGUUUGUGAACAGCAAACGAGACAGGACCAAAGCAGUUUUGUGCAUGGUUGUGGCUGGUGCUGUGGCUGCUGUGUUUCACACCUUGAUAGCAUAUAGUGAUUUGGGUUAUUACAUUAUUAACAAGCUGCACCAUGUGGAUGAAUCAGUGGGAAGUAAAACUAGAAGGGCCUUCCUUUAUCUUGCUGCCUUCCCUUUUAUGGAUGCCAUGGCUUGGACCCAUGCUGGCAUUCUCUUAAAACACAAACACAGUUUCCUUGUGGGAUGUGCCUCCAUUUCAGAUGUCAUAGCUCAGGUUGUUUUUGUAGCUAUUCUACUUCACAGUCACUUGGAAUGCAGAGAGCCUCUCCUUAUCCCAAUUUUGUCCUUGUACAUGGGGGCACUGGUCCGAUGUACCACCUUAUGCCUGGGCUACUACAGGAACAUACACGACAUUAUCCCUGACACCAGUGGGCCGGAGAUGGGGGGAGAUGCUACAGUAAGGAAGAUGCUGAGUUUUUGGUGGCCUUUGGCAUUAAUUUUGGCAACUCAGCGAAUCAGUAGACCCAUUGUCAACCUUUUUGUCUCACGGGACCUGGGUGGCAGCUCUGCGGCCACAGAGGCUGUGGCAAUUCUGACAGCAACAUACCCUGUGGGACACAUGCCGUACGGCUGGUUGACAGAAAUUAGAGCUGUAUAUCCUGCUUUUGACAAGAAUAACCCGAGCAACAAACUGGUGAAUACCAGCAGCACGGUCACAGCAGCACAUAUCAAGAAGUUCACUUUUGUCUGCAUGGCUCUGUCGUUAACGCUUUGCUUUUUGAUGUUUUGGACUCCGAGUACAUCAGAGAAGAUUUUAGUUGACAUAAUUGGAGUCGAUUUUGCCUUUGCAGAGCUGUGUGUCAUCCCUUUGCGCAUCUUCUCCUUUUUCCCAAUUCCAGUGACGGUCAGAGCACACUUGACUGGCUGGCUCAUGACACUAAAGAAGACAUUUGUAUUGGCGCCCAGCUCAGUGCUGCGCAUCAUCGUCCUCAUCACUAGUCUCAUUGUGCUGCCUUACUUAGGGGUCCAUGGAGCCACCCUAGGAGUAGGAUCACUUUUAGCUGGUUUUGUAGGAGAAUCUACCAUGGUUGCAAUAGCAGCUUGCUACGUCUGUCGGAAACAGAAAAAGAAGCGGAAUGAAAAUGAGACAGCUACGGAAGGCGAAGACUCAGCAAUGACUGACAUACCACAGAUAGAAGAAAUGACAGACAUUGUAGAAAUGAGAGAAGAGAAUGAAUAAUAAAUGGGACCUGAUUGUUCUCUGCAGGGACAAAUAGAAUGACACUUCAGCAUCUUUUCUUCUCUCAUACUUAUUUUUUUGUUUUUAUUUUUGUAAUGAAGAGGUCUUGAUUUAAAAGGCUUCAGAUAAAUUCUCUAGCAUACUGAGUAUGCUCACACUUAUGAGGGACCUAAACAAAGGUCUUUGCUUUUGCUUGGUCAAUUGAAUUUGUUUUCUUGCUCCAUGCAAACUCAAAAGAUAUGGCUGCAUCAUACAAAAGGGCAUUUUUCUCACAUAUUCAUCUUCUUUGGACAAUCUGCAUUUAUCAACCAAAGCCCUCUGUGUCUGUGUCAUUGACUCUGCUGCUUUUCUUCUCUCUAUCAAUUUUUUUCUUUUGUUGUUGAGUAUUUUUUUUAAAAAAACAGCCUUUGAAAAUGCAACUUUAUUUCAUUUGCUUGACAAUGAUUUUGCUAUCUAAACAAAUGUACUGUGGUGGGCCAUUAUGAUUUGUUUUCACUCCUCAUUCAAUGUUAUGCUGUAUAUUAUUACAAAACAAGAUAGGAAGGCAUGAGUUCCAAUGAGCAUAUGGUAUAUAAAAAUAAUAAAAGGGAUGCGAGAAAUACAGGACAAAAA